AUUUCCUUUUUUGGCAAAAAAGUGAAUUUUCUGUUCAAUUAACUUAAAGGCAUAAAAUUUAUUAAUUUCCUUUGAUUCUUCGACUACCUAAGGCUAUUGACCAUUUAAACGAGUAUAUAGGUCAUCCGUGUACAUAGAUCUCUGGAGAUAAAUGUGAGUGGCAGUGCAUUAUCUGGAAACCCCGAACACCCGCAGUACAACAAAAAUAUAUGUAAAUGCGUGAUAACUUAUGCCUAUGAACGGGUCGCCAGAAAGUAAUAAAAUUUUCAGAAACAAAACCAAACAAUGACAGCUGAUUCCAGUGCACGUAAUGUUUUUCGAAAGAACGGCGUUGCCGGCUUGGGCAACAACGGUCAUGGUCGAAAUCUUAUUACGACCGCGAAUCCAUCCGGCGGGAGUAGCGCUUCCCUCCUCCAGAAGCAGUUGUCCUUUAAAACGCCCGUGGGUUCCAAGCAACUGGGCAAGUCCGAUGAAAUCGAAAUGAUUGACAGUGCUAACAUCGAAAAUUUCAAUACCCGAUAUAAUAAGAACAGCAUUAUAGGAUGGAUUUGCUGUGCCCCCUGCAUUUGGCUGCGAACAUCAGCGGCGGUGCACAAAAUGGCCAUCACAUCGGCAACUUUAUUGGUAACCACAUUGCUGGUGGCAUCACCCAUCUUGUUUCUGAUCAGCACGGCACCCUCUCCAUUGCCCAGAGAUUGUUAUAUGGAUGGAGAUCGAUGUUCGCCCGCCGUUUCAACUCCACCAGAAUGCUCGGAUCCCAUUUGCGAGGCAGUGGCAAGCAGCAUCCAGGCCAGGCUCAAUUGGAACAAGGAUCCAUGCACAGAGUUUAAGAAGUUCAGUUGUUGGCGCAACACUCGGAAUAAAAAUAUAACAAACCUUAUUGAAAUGGGAAACUCCCAGAAAAGUGUCGAUUCACAAAUGCUGUAUCUGUUCCAGAACAAGAUCAUGAACGGCAGCUAUAGUAUAUUGCACAAUUUGUUCGAAAGCUGCCUGCAGCAGACAACUAACUCAACUAUCAUGCACAAGAUAUUCGAUUCCUUAGGAGGAUAUCUACCUGUUGGUUCAGUGGGACCCUCGAGUAUAGCACCUUUGAUAGCUAAGAUUUAUGAUCUCGGUCCAAGCCCGUUAGUAGACUUAUAUUAUGACCUUAGCUAUGGAAGAAGACCGCACAUUCUUCUUAUUAUUAGUGGACCUAGCACAUCCUCAACUAUUUUAGAGCGUAAAAUACGUUGGAUGAGCCCCAAAGCACCGCCCAGUCGUAUUCGACAAGGGCUGCCUAAACUUUUAGCCGAUCUAAUCGAGAAUUUUCUACCGUAUUUUGUGUCAUAUGCUCAAAGAGUAUCUGAAAAGGAUACUAUUUUUGAAUUCAUUAAGGAUCUAAAUAAGCUUCAAGUCGAGCAUUCUCGCCGAGGAUUCUGGGACAGUACUGUUUUAUAUAAUGUAUCCAGUCUACAAGACUUGUACCCAGUUCUAAAUUGGACAUUGUUAAUCCCACAGAACUGGAGCGGACCCAUCGUUGUCAGAAAUAGUGAUUAUCUGAAAGCCUUAGAAUAUUUUCUUACAAAAUACCCAACUAGAGUUGCACAUAAUUCCCUGCUAUUGCUGAGCGCUUUAGAGAUAUUGCCAAGGGAUUAUCCCAGUCCCGAGGUUUGCACCCGAUCUACCAUGUGGGCUUUACCCGAACUGUCAUCAUCCUUAUAUAUUGCUCAACACUCAUCGGAAGAUCUAAAGGAUACCACGAAAAGAGCGGAGAUAAUUUUUAAGUCUCUGAAAGCACACUUGAAGAGAGCACCUUCCUUAAAAGGAGCUGCCCUAGUGAAAUUAUCAGCAUUGAAGAUCCAAUCACAGACUUGGGAAGGAUUCUCCAACACAACGGACUUAUUGAAGACUCUUCAAACUUUGGAUAUUACGGCAGAAUGCUGGUUUCAAAAUAUUUUGGAAAUUUACAAAAAGAACAAGCUGGAACCGAAUGAUAUAAGCUUAAACGGGGGCUCCCAUGAUGCUUGGGCUUAUCCAAUCGUUUCCACCAUAUUCUAUGACACACUGAGCCAUUCAAUCGUUGUCCCAUUAUCUGUCAUACUCAUACCGUACUUUAAUGCCGUAUUGCCACCAUAUUUACAUUAUGCUUCUGUUGGUGUUUCCAUUGCCAAAGAGAUUUUGAGAUCAAUCACAAAAUCGUUUGACGAAAAGGCAAUGCGUUGUGUUCCACAUUCUGUAAAUAUAUUCUCGAACUAUAGCCGUAUGGAUAUACUGAUACAUUCGGGAGGAAUGCAGAUAUCAUACCACUCAAUGCUUUCGUUAACUGGUCCUAUUAAGGGAAUGGCCAGACUACCUGGCCUAAAUCUAACGCCGACACAAAUCUUCUUUUUAGUUUCUGCUCAGGAACUAUGUGCUGAGUCCAACUACUUGGGCAUCGAUACCAAUGCUCCCGAGUUUGAUAAUAUUUUGGGUUGGCUCGUUGCCCAAGGUGGGAGUGCGACUGAAGUUUUCAAAUGUCCAUCGGGAUCUAUGAUCAAUAUACAAAAAACCUGCAAUGUGCUUUAAAUAUUAUUUGAAUCGAUCGUCACCUUCGACUAUCUACUUUGUCUACGACCUGGAACGAGUUUAAACUGUAGUAGCUUUAGAGACCCUACCUUCUAGUAUUGUUUUUUAUUUGAAAUGUAAAGUGUAUAUUUUAAAUAAAUAUACUGUUAAUAA